UUAAAACGCCAGGCCCCUCCUUCCUCCACACAGUCAGAGCGGAGAAGCAAAGCAAGUUGUGCUGGCAGGAGCCUGAGCCUCACGAUAAACCCUGGCAUCAGCCUGCCUUCACCCGGCAGUCAGCGAGGACACUUCAGGGCGCAGGGGCAGAGAGACGGGACGGAGAGAGAGUGAGACAGACAGAGAGAGAGAGAGAGAGAGAGAGAGAGAGAGAGAGAGAGAGAGAGAGAGACAGAUUGGCGUCAGGAGCAGCCUCCAGAGGGCUCUGACUGAUACAGAUCCUCUCCACAGCUCUGUACACAGUAGCUCUUUCUGCUGUUUCCUGACGCUGGCAGGGUUGAUGAGGAUGGCUAGUGGCUUCUUCUUUUCCACAGCAUCGUCACUAGAGCAACGGUAGCAUCAGCAUCUACAGCAGCAACAGCUUCAGCCUCAGCAUCAUCAGCAGCAGCAGCAGCCGGAUCUAUACUCUGCUGCUGGUCCCUAUUCUUCAGCCGCCUCCUCUCUCUGGUGUCUAAGAGUGCUGCUGUCAGGGCCGUUCCGCCCACCUCCACUUCUGCCUCCUCCUGCCUCCUCCUCCAUCCUGCCUCCUCCUCCAUCCCGCCUCCUCCUCCACAUCUCCAUCCUCCACAUGCUCUCCUUCAUUCCUUCCAUUGAGCCACGGCACUGAAUUAAUUCUUCGCCUUCUGACUGGAGCUGCUUUCUCUAGGAAGACAGUGUCAUGUGUGAUUGGCCAGCUUGCCCUCUGGCAGUAGGAUCAGCCUGGAUUCCGUGUGUGUCUCGCCCCCCUGCCUGUGCCUGGGCUCCGGCUGUCCCUGGGGACGCGCUACUGGGAUUUACCUCUUACUGCUGGAUGGAGAUGGGCUUUCUGCCUUUUUGAAAACUGUUCACCAAAGGAGAAAUGCACAGAUACAAAGAAGGAGGAAAUAUAAUGAAUCAAUCAGCAGCACAACCAGGCAGACUGCUGGAUUCCCUUAGCAACAACUCGGGGAGUGAAAGAGAGAAGUGAAUCGUCUCUUCCUAUCUUCUCUGGUGUCUGGUUUCUGGGCACACCCCUGCAGACCAGAGUGGACCAACAGUCAGAUCUGAAAGGGCAGGAUUUGGGACACUGCAUGGACACGAAGGACACGCAAGUCACCCUAACGCCAGGGGAAGGAUCCUCCUCUUCCUCCUUCUCUUUCACCUCCUCUGGUUCAUCACCAUGUUGGUUUGUCAUUCUUCCCCUGCACGUUCUAUUCAUUAGUCACAUUUUACUCGCUAAGAUGUCCGUUUAUCCUGGACACCUGGACUAAGCCCUGCCACUGAACAAAAGAUUGGACAUUCUUCACACACACACACACACACACACACACACACACACACACACACACACACACACACACACACACACACACACACACACACACACACACACACACACACACGCACAGAGACUCUCACCUCUCCUCCUACCUUCCUUACUCCUCUCUUUGACGAGAAAUGAACAACACGUGUCGGGCAUCAUCUGAACAUAAAAUGGAUGGGUGCAGAAGUUGCUUUUGAUGUGGGCUAUUUCUUUAUUCCUUCAAGAUUAGUUUAUUCUCCCGUCACUUCUAAGAGAAAAGGAACACUGCACGGCGGAGGACACAGGAGGAAUAUCUCUUGUUUUCAAAAGGAUUUGUUCUCCUCUCUCCCUAAAAAAGACAGAUGCCAAACUGAGGGAGUAUAUUUAGAAUCCAAAGCUUGUCCCUACUGCCUACCAAUAAUGUAGACCAAGAUCAUUAAAAAAAAUGAGCAACUGCUGGGAGUUCUAUUUUUCUUUGCUUGGAUAUUCUGAUCUACAGGGGAGGCUGAACAUGAACCCCUUGUUCAGCUUGACAACCUGGGAUGCACUCUUUUACAGUAACCUGGCUGACACCAAGUCACUGCAUCGUACCAGCUAAAUAAGAUUGUAAAGGAAGGUGAGUGGGAGGGGAAAAUAGCAACUUCCUCUGACAGACGAUCUAAAUAAAUAUCCUCCUCAGAGACCGAUGCAAACGUACACACUGACACAUGAGAUGAGUAUGCUCUCUAGCUCAACACUAUUAUAUAAGGUGUUUUCACACACACCAUCUUAGCUCCUGUUCUUUUCAUCAUCCUCCUGUUCCGUGGAUUUAACUUGAGUUUUUUCAUGUUUCUUUUGGCUUCAUUUUUGGUACGAUCCAUCCUGGAGUCAUGGAUGGAGGAGGGUAACGCCAGGGGGUUGAGCGCUCAGGCCAGGCAAGGUCUUUUGGCUGUCCAGGGGCUUUUAAGAUGUUGAGGUCUCCCUGCAUGGCCGGGGCCCCUGUUCGGAUCAGUAGCACCGAGGCUCCUCUCGGCCAGAGACAUGGACCCCGAAUCGGCUCCCCCCCGCCCCUGCCCUCAGCCCGCCGGCCCCUGGCCCCAAGUCGCCCUGUGAAGGAUGUCCCUCAGCAGAGCUCCGGCCCGGGACACCUCUGAGACCCCCAGCCAGACCCCCAGAGAACGCAUCCGCAGCCACAUGAAGAUGGUGAUCAACCAGCUGGACGGCAUUCUCAAAGAGCUCAAGGAUGUGGCCAAGGAACUCCGGGAGGUGGUGGGUCAGAUCGACAAGCUGACGUCAGACUUUGACUUUGACCUGGAGCCAGAUGACUGGACAGUGGCCACAGCGAGCAGCACGUCCAGCAGCGAGAGAGGCCUGGGAGAGGCCUUCAGGCUGGACUUCCUCAACCCUGACGUGCUCUCAGACAGCUGGGAGUUCUGCAGCUAUCUGGAGGCCUCCGUCGCUGCAGCAAACACAGCCCACAAAGCAGGGCCAACGGUGCAGCCCAAAGAUGCAGGGCUGGAGCCUGGUGCGGGGCGUGGGUGCAUCCCCACCCAGACCCAGACCCCGCCACCCACAACCGCCUCAGCCUACUCCCAAAUGAAUGGGGGGCUGCCCAUCCCUAACGGACCUCUCAUAGUCACCCCAGACUCAUCCAGCGCCAGCGAAGAGGCUUCCAGCUCCACACACAGCCACAAGACCUCCCGCACGUCCGGCACCAGAGAGAGAGUCCGCUUCAGUGACAAGAUCCUAUACCAUGCGUUGUGCUGUGAUGAUGACGAAGAGGAUGAAGAGGAGGGAGAUGAGGAGAAGGGCGGCUGUGCGACCCCAGACACUGACGACAGUGAGCCCAGUCCUAGUCAAGCCGGCUCGCCCACACCACCGCUCUCCUCCUCAGAGCACUCCGUCCUCCAUAACUGUCUGGACCCUUCUUAUGUCUCGUUCCCAGUGAACGUGGCAGCGGGGACUCACACGCUGCCCAGAAAGGGUCUUCUCAAUCCCGCGAGCUGCCGGAAAAAACUGCUACGGAACAGCAGCACACAGACUGUUUCAGAUAAAAGCACCCAAACAGUACUGCCCUAUAUUCCAGCCAAACAGAAAACAAAGGACCACUGAGAAACAUUAACUUUACAACGACAGAAAUAAUGAAAAAGGACUGUGUACUAUUUAAUAUUAAAUGCAUAGAUCAUAGAUUAAUACACAACUAAAUAAAUCCAUAUUAAUUACUAAAUAAAUACAUCAUAUGGGAAAUGACUCACCUACCUAAAGUCAUUCUGAGGCUCAGGGAAACAAAGGAUAAAGGCAGUUCCUUAAGGCAGUAACAGAGAGAAAAGUGUUAUUGACGGACCAAAAGGCUAGUGCCUGCUAAUGUUAAGAAAUGGACCGGAUGGAUUCCUUAUUUAGAAUCAUUUGCAACACUUAUUGAGAUGACUCAAGCAAUCACUUUUCUAGGAAGUUGAAAUUGUUCUGAAAUCGGAAAGUAAGUGUGAAGAGGUCAUUUCCCUCCUCGUACACCAGUAUAAAUCACAAGAAAAUAUAUUGCUUGUUCUUUAAGAUGUGGUUAAAAAACACUGCACAUUCUGUACACUGAGAAUCUGUAUAAACAUUGUCUUUUUCAUCUUCCAA